AUGAUUCCCUCCAAUCGUGUUGAUGAUGGCCAAGGUUCUAUUUGGUUAAAUGACGUAGACUGUUCUGGUACAGAAACUAAAUUACUGAAUUGUUCACACUCUAUCGAAACAUCACAGUGUCAUCACUAUGAAGAUGUCGGUCUCCAUUGUUUUCUCAGCUGUCCAGCGGAAGAAAAUGAAGGUCGUUUGCGUUUUAUAACGGGUUCCAUUGAAAAUAUAGGACGACUGGAAAUUAAUUAUAGAGGUGAAUGGGGAACAAUAUGUUCUAAUAGUUUUGGUCAUGUUGAUGCAGAAGUAGCAUGUAGACAACUCGGAUAUUGUUCCGGACAGAUGAUUCCCUAUCAAUAUAUUGAUGAUGGCAAUGGAACCAUUUGGUUAGAUAGAAUAGAUUGCUCUGGUUCAGAACAUAAAUUAAUCAAUUGCACAUACUCAAUCGAUACAUCAGGCUGUCCUCACAGACGCGAUGCUGGUGUUAAAUGUUAUCUCAGCUGUCCAGCAGAAGAAGAUGAAGGUCGUUUGCGUUUUAUAACAGGUUCCAUUGAAAAUAUAGGACGACUGGAAAUUAAUUACAGAGGUGAAUGGGGAACAAUAUGUUCUACUCACUUUGGUCAUGUUGAUGCAGAAGUAGCAUGUAGACAGCUCGGAUAUUGUUCCGGACAGAUGAUUCCCUCUAAUUAUAUAGAUGAUGGCAAUGGAACCAUUUGGUUAGAUAGAAUAGAUUGCUCUGGGUCAGAACAUAAAUUAAUCAAUUGCACAUACUCAAUCGAUACAUCACACUGUAGUCACUGGUACGAUGCAGGCGUCAAAUGUUAUCUCAACUGUCCACCAGAAGAAGAUGAAGGUCGUUUGCGUUUUAUAACGGGUUCCAUUGAAAAUAUAGGACGACUGGAAAUUAAUUACAGAGGUGAAUGGGGAACAAUAUGUUCUAAUAGUUUUGGUCAUGUUGAUGCAGAAGUAGCAUGUAGACAACUCGGAUAUUGUUCCGGACAGAUGAUUCCCUAUCAAUAUAUUGAUGAUGGCAAUGGAACCAUUUGGUUAGAUAGAAUAGAUUGCUCUGGUUCAGAACAUAAAUUAAUCAAUUGCACAUACUCAAUCGAUACAUCAGGCUGUCCUCACAGACGUGAUGCUGGUGUUAAAUGUUAUCUCAGCUGUCCAGCAGAAGAAGAUGAAGGUCGUUUGCGUUUUAUAACAGGUUCCAUUGAAAAUAUAGGACGACUGGAAAUUAAUUACAGAGGUGAAUGGGGAACAAUAUGUUCUACUCACUUUGGUCAUGUUGAUGCAGAAGUAGCAUGUAGACAGCUCGGAUAUUGUUCCGGACAGAUGAUUCCCUCUAAUUAUAUAGAUGAUGGCAAUGGAACCAUUUGGUUAGAUAGAAUAGAUUGCUCUGGGUCAGAACAUAAAUUAAUCAAUUGCACAUACUCAAUCGAUACAUCACACUGUAGUCACUGGUACGAUGCAGGCGUCAAAUGUUAUCUCAACUGUCCACCAGAAGAAGAUGAAGGUCGUUUGCGUUUUAUAACGGGUCCCAUUGAAAAUAUAGGACGACUGGAAAUUAAUUAUAGAGGUGAAUGGGGAACAAUAUGUUCUAAUAGUUUUGGUCAUGUUGAUGCAGAAGUAGCAUGUAGACAACUCGGAUAUUGUUCCGGACAGAUGAUUCCCUAUCAAUAUAUUGAUGAUGGCAAUGGAACCAUUUGGUUAGAUAGAAUAGAUUGCUCUGGUUCAGAACAUAAAUUAAUCAAUUGCACAUACUCAAUCGAUACAUCAGGCUGUCCUCACAGACGCGAUGCUGGCGUUAAAUGUUAUCUCAGCUGUCCAGCAGAAGAAGAUGAAGGUCGUUUGCGUUUUAUAACAGGUUCCAUUGAAAAUAUAGGACGACUGGAAAUUAAUUACAGAGGUGAAUGGGGAACAAUAUGUUCUACUCACUUUGGUCAUGUUGAUGCAGAAGUAGCAUGUAGACAGCUCGGAUAUUGUUCCGGACAGAUGAUUCCCUCUAAUUAUAUAGGUGAUGGCAAUGGAACCAUUUGGUUAGAUAGAAUAGAUUGCUCUGGUUCAGAACAUAAAUUAAUCAAUUGCACAUACUCAAUCGAUACAUCACACUGUAGUCACUGGUACGAUGCAGGCGUCAAAUGUUAUCUCAACUGUCCACCAGAAGAAGAUGAAGGUCGUUUGCGUUUUAUAACGGGUUCCAUUGAAAAUAUAGGACGACUGGAAAUUAAUUAUAGAGGUGAAUGGGGAACAAUAUGUUCUAAUAGUUUUGGUCAUGUUGAUGCAGAAGUAGCAUGUAGACAACUCGGAUAUUGUUCCGGACAGAUGAUUCCCUAUCAAUAUAUUGAUGAUGGCAAUGGAACCAUUUGGUUAGAUAGAAUAGAUUGCUCUGGUUCAGAACAUAAAUUAAUCAAUUGCACAUACUCAAUCGAUACUUCACACUGUAGUCACUGGUACGAUGCAGGCGUCAAAUGUUAUCUCAGCUGUCCAGCAGAAGAAGAUGAAGGUCGUUUGCGUUUUAUAACAGGUUCCAUUGAAAAUAUAGGACGACUAGAAAUAAAUUAUAAAGGUGAAUGGGGAACAAUAUGUUCUACUCGAUUUGGUCAUGCUGAAGCAGCAGUAGCCUGUAGACAGUUAGGAUAUUGUUCCGGACAGAUGAUUCCCCAUCAAUAUAUUGAUGAUGGCAAUGGAACCAUUUGGUUAGAUAGAAUAGAUUGCUCUGGUUCAGAACAUAAAUUAAUCAAUUGCACAUACUCAAUCGAUACUUCACACUGUAGUCACUGGUACGAUGCAGGCGUCAAAUGUUAUCUCAGCUGUCUGGCAGAAGAAGAUGAAGGUCGUUUGCGUUUUAUAACAGGAUCCAUUGAAAAUAUAGGACGACUAGAAAUAAAUUAUAAAGGUGAAUGGGGAACAAUAUGUUCUACUCGAUUUGGUCAUGCUGAAGCAGCAGUAGCCUGUAGACAGUUAGGAUAUUGUUCCGGACAGAUGAUUCCCUAUCAAUAUAUUGAUGAUGGCAAUGGAACCAUUUGGUUAGAUAGAAUAGAUUGCUCUGGUUCAGAACAUAAAUUAAUCAAUUGCACAUACUCAAUCGAUACUUCACACUGUAGUCACUGGUACGAUGCAGGCGUCAAAUGUUAUCUCAGCUGUCCACCAGAAGAAGAUGAAGGUCGUUUGCGUUUUAUAACAGGAUCCAUUGAAAAUAUAGGACGACUAGAAAUAAAUUAUAAAGGUGAAUGGGGAACAAUAUGUUCUACUCGAUUUGGUCAUGCUGAAGCAGCAGUAGCCUGUAGACAGUUAGGAUAUUGUUCCGGACAGAUGAUUCCCUAUCAAUAUAUUGAUGAUGGCAAUGGAACCAUUUGGUUAGAUAGAAUAGAUUGCUCUGGUUCAGAACAUAAAUUAAUCAAUUGCACAUACUCAAUCGAUACUUCACACUGUAGUCACUGGUACGAUGCAGGCGUCAAAUGUUAUCUCAGCUGUCCACCAGAAGAAGAUGAAGGUCGUUUGCGUUUUAUAACAGGUUCCAUUGAAAAUAUAGGACGACUAGAAAUAAAUUAUAAAGGUGAAUGGGGAACAAUAUGUUCUACUCGAUUUGGUCAUGCUGAAGCAGCAGUAGCCUGUAGACAGUUAGGAUAUUGUUCCGGACAGAUGAUUCCCUAUCAAUAUAUUGAUGAUGGCAAUGGAACCAUUUGGUUAGAUAGAAUAGAUUGCUCUGGUUCAGAACAUAAAUUAAUCAAUUGCACAUACUCAAUCGAUACUUCACACUGUAGUCACUGGUACGAUGCAGGAGUCAAAUGUUAUCUCAGCUGUCCACCAGAAGAAGAUGAAGGUCGUUUGCGUUUUAUAACAGGUUCCAUUGAAAAUAUAGGACGACUAGAAAUAAAUUAUAAAGGUGAAUGGGGAACAAUAUGUUCAACUCGAUUUGGUCAUGCUGAAGCAGCAGUAGCCUGUAGACAGUUAGGAUAUUGUUCCGGACAGAUGAGAACCUAUCAAUAUAUUGAUGAUGGCAAUGGAACCAUUUGGUUAGAUAGAAUAGAUUGCUCUGGUUCAGAACAUAAAUUAAUCAAUUGCACAUACUCAAUCGAUACUUCACACUGUAGUCACUGGUACGAUGCAGGCGUCAAAUGUUAUCUCAGCUGUCCACCAGAAGAAGAUGAAGGUCGUUUGCGUUUUAUAACGGGUUCCGUUGAAAAUAUUGGACGACUGGAAAUUAAUUAUAGAGGUGAAUGGGGAACAAUAUGUUCUACUCGAUUUGGUCAUGCUGAAGCAGCAGUAGCCUGUAGACAGCUCGGAUAUUGUUCCGGACAGAUGAUUCCCUAUCAAUAUAUAGAUGAUGGAAAUGGAACCAUUUGGUUAGAUAGAAUAGAUUGCUCUGGUUCAGAACAUAAAUUAAUCAAUUGCACAUACUCAAUCGAUACAUCACUCUGUAGUCACUGGUAUGAUGCUGGCGUCAAAUGUUAUAUAAGCUGUCCACCAGAAGAAGAUGAAGGUCGUUUGCGUUUGAUAACAGGUUCUGCUCAGAAUAGGGGACGACUUGAAAUUAAUUAUAGAGGUGAAUGGGGAACAAUAUGUCGUAAUCACUUUGGUCAUGUUGAUGCAGCAGUAGCCUGUAGACAGCUCGGAUAUUGGUGUGUAUUAUAA